AGCUUUCAAAGAGCACCUGAAGGCUGCUUUUUUCCAAGGAACAGGGUAUGGAUUGCUAAUAGCGUAGCCGUUAAUCAAACGUUUUGACUUUAGCAUCCUACAUUAUGAACUCAUCAGUAAAACAAGUGUCUUUUACUCCACAACGUAACGAAUAGCUGUGAGACUUCUUUAUUUCUUUAUUUAUUUCUGCUCGGCCUGUUGAAUUUCUUCACAGUAAAAGUUGCCAACUGUUCAUGCCAGUGUGCUAAAAUGCCUACUGAGGUGAAGCAGAGGAGGAAGACUCAAAAACAAAACGAUGAAGUGUCUGAAACGUCGGCUGCAAACGGCAAAGAUGAAGCGCGAAAGGUGAAGACGGAGGCUGGAAACAACACAGGAGCAAAUAAAACCUCCUCGACUCUGGACAUUAGAAGUAUAAUGUGCUUAUUGUCGCUUGCAGCGUGCGGCGGCCUGAGUUGGGUGGUUCUACAGCAGAAUGAGAGGUUUUCUCAAAUUGAAGAAAAGUACAAAUCUCUACACGGGAAGACUAAAAGUUUGUUCGACAUGGAGGAAGAAGUUCUCAAAGUUUCCAAAAAGCUUGCCGCUUCAGAGGAUGACCUACAGGAAGCGCUCUCCACCGUCUCCUUGGCGACAAGACUCCAGCAGGACAUCUCCACCCUCCACGCUGCCGUCAUGGCGAUGCAGGCUGACGAGAACUCGGCCUCCCGUGACCUGCAGGUGGUCAACGCCCACUUCCUCAACGUGACGGAAACGUGGCAGGAGCGCCUGGCGGCCAUCACCUCCGACCUGGCCGUCCUCAAGGCCGAGUCACGGGAAGCUCACGCCGGGGCCACCGAGCGGGUGAACGAGGCGGAGCGGAGGGCCCGGUCGCUGGCGGAGAGGUUGGAGGAGCUCGAGGACAGCACCAAGAGGAACGCCCGAGCUCUGGAGCGCACGGAGGAGGAUGACGCCAAACGAACGCAGGACCAGCUGGACUGGAACACCAAGCAGAUCCACAAGCUGGAGGAGCAGAUCAACGGCCUGAACAAGAGGGAGGCCGAACUCAGCUCUCAGCUCCAGGAGCACAUUCCUCGGGUGCAGCAGUGUGAGGAGCACCUGCCGCAGGUGGAGGAGGCCGUGCGCUCCAUCCUGAGGCUGGGGGGCGAUCUGAGUGGGGCGGAGAAGAGGCUGGAGGAGGUGACGCUGCAGGUGUUUGGGACUGAGGACAGCAUGCUGAAAGCACUGAACGAAAUCCUCGAGAUCAGGCAGGAGCUGGACACUCUGCAGGCUCAAAACAGCAUCCUGAAGAUGAAGAACGAGCUGUCCGUGGUUAAAGAGGCGGUCCAUGAACUCACCAUGGUGUUGAGGGGAAACAGGGUGGACAGACAAAAUGACUUAGACACUCUGGAAGAGGAAGAACCAUGGCAAGAGGAAGAGGAGGAGGAGGAGGAGGAGGAGUGGGAAAAAGAUGAAGCAACUCAGCCUCCUUAUGAUGAUAUCACAGAAUGAUAUCAUCAUCACAGAAUGAUAUCAUUGUUUUCAUACAGCCAGUGAAAAGGAGCGGCCCUGUCUGACUGUUACAGCAUUAAUGUCAUGAAAAAUGUGUUUAUCAGUGUGUAAAAGCAGCUUAAUGUCAACAGGCAAACAUGCACUGCACAAUCAAGAAUAUAUUUUAGUGGUUUAGUGAAUGUGAAAUGAUGCUUUUAGGCUUCCACAGUAGCUGUAUAAAAAUUGCCUCAUUAUUCUUAAGCCUGCCAUUUGCACUGAUACAGUAUAUUACAAUAUGUGUGCAAGUCUUAGUGGACGUAACUGUAUUGGAGGAAAAACAAUCAGCACAAAUGCCAAAUAUUCUGUAGUUCCAGCUAGAAUUGUUUCUUUAUCUUCCUCCACUGUAAACUGAAUAUUUCCAUAGUUUUGGCUGUUUAGGGAAAAACAAGCAACUUGAUGACAUUAUUAUCUUGUUCAUUUGGAAGUUUUUUUAUCAGCAUUUUUAACAAUUUCCAGACUUUUUUAUAGACUAAAUCAUGUAUCAGUUAGUCAGGAAAGUUAGCAAUAAUGUAUCUAAUUGUUAGUUACAACCCUGAACAUGCAUCUCUGAGUGUCACAGUAGGUCUGGAACAGUAAUAGAUUUUGUAGAUGUAUAAUAAAUUGACUCUUACAUUUAUGUAUGAAAAUCUUUUCAUCAGUCAGCUUAUUUAAUAAAGUCACCUCUUUUGUC